AUGGAUUUCAGAGGAGAUCUUGUAACAGUUGUUGUUUUUGUUGACAGAGAGUGCCGAGUAAGACGAAAAGGGUGUAUUGUGCAUACGAGAGGUUAAUGGUGAGUGAGUUAAUGUGUGCGCACUUACAAGCUAGCUAUAUAACAGUGUUCCAUUAAAUGUCAUUGAUAAUGACGGGUGACAUCACAGGCCACUUGUAAAUCCCUCCACUUCAUUUCCAUUGUGUGUAUGAAUCAUGUUUUCCUCCCAUUGUAAUAUGUAAACAUGUUUUCAAUAUAUAUAUUUCCUAUAUAAUUAGCAGGUUGGCAUUUAUUGGGAUGACUCAUGUAUUGGAGGCAGCUCUGCAGAGUAGUCACUAUCUGGCACAGCCACAAAGCCAUAAAAUCUGAUUUUAAACCUAACCCUAACCUUAACCACACUGCUAACCUUACGCCUAACCCUAACCUUAAAUUAAGACAAAAAAGCGAAGAGUUGUCUAAAAAGAUGUCUAGAAAUGCACACAUUUUGUGCUCAUCUAGGAAGCAAUCACUCCCCCAUUGCUGACUACAAAUGAUCUAUAACUGGGCUAAUAACUCACUAACAAGCAAAGGAUAUGAACAUGUAGCUCUCGCUUUGAUCUCAAAACAAGCACAUCUAUUUACGACCACUCAUGCUGUAAAAACAGUCCAGUUCAAAGUGAAUGGCACAGAUCCAUAUAUACGACAAUGGUCUAUUUGCAUAUAGGCCUACUGCAGCUCUGAUUGGUUAUGACGCACCGGUCUGUGUAGAGUACGGGCCUGAGUCAUGCCUGUCAAUGCAAUAGAAUCCUACUCCAGGGCCUCCCGAAUGGCGCAGCGGUCUAAGGCACUGCAUCGCAGUGCUUGAGGCGGCACUACAGACCCAGGUUCGAUCCCAGGCUGUGUCACACCCAUGAGGCGGCACACAAUUGGCCCAGCGUGGUCCGGGUUAGGGGAGGGUUUGGCCGGCCGGGAUUUCCUUGUCCCAUCGAGCUCUAGCGACUCCUUGUGGCGGGCCGGGCGGUGUUUCCUCCGACACAUUGGUGCGGCUGGCUUCUGGGUUAAGUGAGCAGUUUGUCAAGAAGCAGUGCGGCUUGGCAGGGACGUGUUUUGGAGGAUGCAUGGCUCUCGACCUUCGCCUCUCCCGAGUCCAUAGUGGAGUUGCAGCGAUGGGACAAGACCGUAACUACCAAUUGGAUAUUACGAAAUUAGGGAGAAAAAGGGGAGAAAAAAAAACGCAUUCUGCCUACAACAAAAUCUCUUGCAUAGUUUGUUUUGUUUUGGUAUGUUACAUUGAAAGUGGCUAAUAUUGUGUUGAUUCGAUCACAAUUCCCACAGUGAAGGGAAACGUUGAUAGUGUUAACUAACGGGGAAAACUCUAGAAAGUUGAGUGAAGUUAAAUCUCAUGCUUCUCUGCACGGGCUGAUAUUUAUUCUGCGCGCAGCUUAGAGGGAACAUGGAUGCUGGCCCAUGUUGACACCAAUGCUUCCCACAGUUGUGUCAAGUUGGCUGGGUGUCCUUUGGGUGGUGGACCAGACUUGAUACACACAGGAAACUGUUGAGCGUGAAAAACCCAGCAGCGUUGAAGUUCUUGACACAAACCGGUGCGCCUGGCACCUACUACCAUAACCUUUUCAAAGGCACUUCAAUAUUUUUGUCUUGCCCAUUCACCCUCUGAAUGGUACACAUACACAAUCCAUGUCUCAAUUGUUUCAGGGCUUAAAAAUCCUUCUUUAACUGGUCUCCUCCCCUUCAUCUACACUGAUUGAAGUGGAUUUAACAAGUGACAUCAAUAAGGGAUCAUGGCUUUCACCUGAUCAGUCUGUCAUGGAAAGAGCAGGUGUUCUUAAUAUUUGGUAUACUCAGUGUAUAGCCAAUUUUGACUUUGCAGCUGGCCCAUCUAGUGGAAAUCGCUCCAGGACAAGAUUUACCCCAAUAAAUGUCAACCUAUAUAUAAGUAGGGGCGGCAGGUAGCCUAGCGGUUAGAGAGGCGAGCCAGCAACCGGUGUGGCAGCCCCCCGCACCUCUUCCCCCCAAAAAAUGUGUGUCUUUCGGAGGGGUUGGGUUAAAAGCUAAUUUCAGUUGGACCUUGUGUGCAGUUGACCAAUAAAGUGAUCUUAAUCUAUAGCUAAUGGAGAAUUGUUUUUAUUUCUGUUAAUGUGUCAGGAUCCGUCACGUAACCACAGAGCGUACAGACUGGCUGUGGCAAAGCUCAGUCCUCCCUACAUCCCCUUCAUGCCCCUGCUACUCAAAGGUAAUAAUGCUUUCUUAGCCUUGUGACAAACGUAACAUUCAAUAUCUGAGUUAAUUCUACAUGACCCUAUACUGAACCAGUAUGUUGUUCUGUUCACCAACUGUACCUACCUCUAGACAUGACAUUCAUCCAUGAGGGAAACAAGAACUACACGGACAAACUGGUCAAUUUUGAGAAAAUGGUGAGUUGUCUAGCCUAACUAUCACAUUUUCACAUCCUGUAGAUGUGCUGUAGAUUACCAUCAAUCAGCCCUUACCUAAGUUAUGUCUUCUCUUUGUGUCUGUAAACUAUUGCCUGUAUAAGCUACCUUUUCUUUUCACCGUUGCAGCGCUUGAUUGCUAAGACAGUGAAGAUAGUUAGAGGGUGCAGAAGCACGCCUUACGGUAAGAAAACAAAAGAAAACAAAAUUGUAGAAUAGGACGGGAUAGGAAGGACAAUGUUGUGGCAUGGUGUUCACUCUCUAUGGUUCUUUGUCCUACAGUGCCUUCAUCACCUCAGAAGGGACUCGCAGACAGAAUGUUUCUGGAGGCGCCUUCCAUUCGGGUGUCCACAUGUAAGCUAUGCCUUAUCUACAAAAAUCAACACUAAUUUUCCAUUCUGAGAACUUCAAAUGAUAUUAAGUAACUGCAGCGCUUCAAUUUUAAUUUUUUAAACACAUAUCUCCCUCUGUCUCUUGUCCAGAUUCCGAGCAAUCCCUCCCUCUCCGGAAUCCUAGCAACAUCCGCCACUAUGUUCAGAACUUUGAA